AUGCAGGUUGACAGGACAGCUACUCGGCCCCUUGCUGCAGCGAAAAUAUCUCAGAUGCAGGCCCUUUUCUUCUUGGGAGGUCAGCGUUCUCUGGUACUGGAGGCCCUACUUUGCCUCAAUUAUUACAUCAUAGCCCUUGGAGCUGCUUCCCUAUCUCAGGUAGUCACACAUACACUAAUGAAGAGCAUCACCUACUGGCCACAACUUGUAUUGGGACUGACUUUCUAUUCUACUGUCUUUGGCUCCUGUGACUGGUCAGUGUGCCUACCACUGUAUUUCUCAGGAGUGGUGUGGACAUCCAUUUAUGACACCAUCUAUGCCCAUCAGGUAUUAGAUGACGAUAUCAGAGUAGGGGUCAAGUCUAUAGCAUUGAGGUUCCAGGAGCACACCAACAAUUGGCUCAGUGGGCUCAUGAUGGCCAUGAUGUUAAGGCUGGUUGUGGCUGGGUUCAACGCAGAACAGACCCUGCCUUACUAUGCAACACUGUGGCUAUUCACCUCACAUUUCAGUGGGUAUAUUUACACAUUGGACAUCAACAAGCCAGAGGACUGCUGGAAGAAAUUGAUUUCAAUCAGAAACCUUGGACUACUUUUGUUCUUGGGAAUAGUCUGUGGAAAGAAAGAAGAUACACUUUAUUUCCAAGAGUUUGAUACCGCUCCAUUCACUCCAUUCCAGCCAUUAUUAUGAGCCGUCCUCCCCUAACCAGUUUCCUGUGAGUAAUACAAAA